AUGAAUUCCUUGGUGUCCCCUGACAAUGCAACAUUUUUUCGCCUCCCUACAUUUUACAUAAGUGGAUUGUACAACAUGCCACAUGCAAGGUAUUACUAUAUAUUUUUAUGCUUUGUGUAUGUUGUAACUGUUUUAGGGAAUUCCUUUAUAAUGGGUACUAUAUACCUGGCACGCACUCUGCAUACAGCUAAGUAUAUAGCUGUCUUCAACUUGGCCUUGUCUGAUCUGGGUGGUAGCUCUGCAAUUAUUCCAAAGUAUGCAUACAUGUUUUUGCUUGAGAACCAGUACAUGUCUUAUGAAGAAUGUCUGGCAAGCAUGUUUUUUGUGUUUCUGUUCAUGGCUGUGCAGUCUCUUACUCUGCUUGCUUUGUCCUUUGACAGAGUAAUUGCUAUAUGUUUUCCUCUGAGGUAUCAUGCUAUUGUCACCAAAAGCAUAAUGACUCUCAUCAUUGGUGUUAUGUGGGCUUUCUCUGUGACUAUUAUUGCUUUCACUGUAGCUUUGAUUACCAGACUGUCCUUCUGUAGAUCUACCACAGUUGACAGUUAUUUUUGUGAUCAUGGCCCUGUCUUCAAACUAGCCUGUAAUGAUAAUUCUCUUAAUUUCAAAAUGGCCUUUGUUUAUAUUGCUAUUGUGCUUUGCCUUCCAUUGAUACUAAUAACUGUCUCAUAUGUUUGCAUUGGUUUAGCAUUGCUUAAGAUCUCACAUGGUGCUGAGCGAAUUAAAGCUAUGAAAACCUGCACUUCCCAUCUCAUACUAGUUGCUCUGUUUUAUCUACCAGUUUUUAGCAUUUACAUGUCUACUUUUACAACAUAUCUACAUCCAAAUACUAGAAUAAUCAACACUGUCCUAACACAAACAAUUCCACCUAUGUUAAACCCCAUCAUAUAUACUCUAAAGACAGAGGAGGUAUUGCAUUCUGUUAAAGUACUCUACAAGCGAAUCAAGGUGAACUUUGCAAUUGAAGAUCCUGUGAAAAGCAUAGCAAAGAACUGA